UCCCCGGCCGGUUUGAGGGGUGCGUUGCCCGGAGACGGAAAGUUUGGGAGCCGCAGCAGGCUCUGCGUGGCCCCGGGUCGGGGUCCGAGGAGCAGCGGCCCUGGGGAUGGGGAAGGAGCAGGAGCUGCUGGAGGCGGCCCGCACCGGGCACCUCCCGGCCGUGGAGAAGCUGCUGUCCGGGAAGCGGCUCUCCUCCGGCUUCGGCGGCAGCGGCGGCUCCGGCGGCGGCGGCGGCUCCGGGGGCGGCGGCCUGGGCUCUUCCAGCCACCCGCUCUCCAGUCUGCUGAGCAUGUGGAGGGGGCCGAACGUGAACUGCGUAGACAGCACUGGCUACACGCCGCUCCACCACGCUGCGCUGAAUGGCCACAGGGAUGUGGUUGAGGUUCUGCUGAGGAAUGAUGCGCUGACCAAUGUUGCUGACUCGAAAGGCUGCUACCCGCUGCACUUGGCAGCGUGGAAAGGAGACGCCCAGAUAGUGCGCUUGCUCAUCCACCAAGGGCCCUCGCACACCAGAGUCAAUGAACAGAAUGCUCUUGAGAUCAAAGAACUCAAAAAGUACGGCCCCUUUGACCCUUAUAUCAAUGCCAAGAACAACGACAACGAGACUGCCCUGCACUGUGCAGCACAGUACGGCCACACGGAGGUCGUGAAGGCUCUGUUGGAGGAGCUCACAGACCCCACCAUGCGCAACAACAAGUUUGAAACACCUCUGGACUUGGCAGCGCUCUAUGGGCGGCUGGAGGUGGUGAAGAUGCUGCUGAGUGCGCACCCCAACCUCCUGAGCUGCAGCACUAGGAAGCACACCCCCUUACAUUUGGCCGCGAGGAAUGGCCACAAGGCCGUGGUGCAGGUCCUGCUGGACGCCGGCAUGGAUAGCAACUACCAGACGGAGAUGGGCAGCGCUUUGCAUGAGGCUGCUUUGUUUGGCAAGACCGAUGUGGUGCAAAUUCUGCUGGCUGCAGGAAUCGACGUUAACAUAAAGGACAGCCGUGGACUAACUGCCCUUGACACUGUGCGUGACCUGCCUUCGCAGAAGAGCCAGCAGAUAGCAGCCCUGAUAGAAGAUCACAUGACUGGAAAAAGAAGCGUGAAAGAAGUAGAUAAGAGCGCCACAGCUCAGCCACCUCUCCUCUCCAGCACGGACGCCACAGCACCUAAGUCUCAGGGGAACGUGGAGAAAGCAGUCACUGAACUGAUCAUUGAUUUUGACACGCGUGCUGAGGAGGAGGGUCCCUACGAGGCACUGUACAAUGCUGUAUCAUGUCACUCCUUAGACAGCACGGCCAGCGGGCGAUCAUCUGACCGAGAUUCCGUGAACAAGGAGACCGAGACCGCAGGAGCAAGAACUGCUGGAGUCAGGCCUAGGGAACGUCCACCGCCUCCAGCAAAGCCGCCACCUGAUGAAGAGGAGGAAGAACGUGUAGAUAAGAAGUAUUUGCCCUUGACAGCCUCUGAGGCCCUGGCUGUGAGACCCAGGACUCAGAGCGGUGUCUCCCGGGAAGAGGACGAGCACCCAUAUGAGCUGUUGCUCACAGCAGAGACCAAGAAGCUGGGGGCCACAGACGGAAAGACUAAAGACCACAGGCGGAGCAGCGGCAGCCGGAGCCAGGACUCUGUGGAGGGGCAGGACGGGCAGGUCCCGGAGCAGUUCUCCGGUCUCCUCCACGGCUCCUCCCCAGUGUGUGAGGUGGGGCAGGACCCUUUCCAGCUGCUUACUGCCCCCAGCCAGAACCACCCAGAGUCCCCCCAGCAGGACGCCUGCCACGAGGCCAGCAUGCAGCUAGAGGAGCCAGGCGUGCAAGGCACUGGAAACCCACAGCCCGGCUUCCUGGACCAAAGCAAGAGAGUGGGCUUCCCACCAGGCCUGAGUGCCGCAGCCGGCCGAGCACACCUCCAGACUCUGACUCACACAGUCUCUCUGCACCCUGCUGGGGCUGAGGAAGAGGAGGACAGGAGCGGGGCCAGAAGCCGAGCCCCUCCCACUAGCAAGCCCAAGGCUGAGCUUAAGCUCAGCCGCAGUUUGUCAAAGUCUGACUCUGACCUCCUGACCUGCUCCCCCACGGAGGACACCACGAUGGGGAGUCGCAGCGAGUCUUUGUCCAACUGCAGCCUUGGGAAGAAGAGACUGGAGAAGUCACCUUCGUUUGCCUCUGAGUGGGACGAGAUUGAGAAAAUCAUGAGCUCGAUUGGAGAAGGAAUUGACUUUUCUCAGGAACAGCAGAAGAUCUCAGGUACUGUUCUCGGACCGCUGGAGCAGAGCGUCGGGGAGUGGCUGGAGUCAGUCGGCCUGCAGCAGUAUGAAAGCAAGUUGCUGCUGAACGGCUUUGACGAUGUCCGCUUCCUGGGCUCUAAUGUGAUGGAAGAGCAAGACCUGAGGGAGAUUGGCAUCAGUGACCCACAGCACCGGCGGAAGCUGCUGCAGGCUGCACGUUCCUUGCCUAAGGUCAAGGCUCUUGGCUAUGAUGGGGUCAGCCCCCCCUCGGUGCCCUCCUGGUUGGACUCACUGGGGCUGCAGGACUACAUCCAUUCCUUCCUGUCCAGCGGCUACAGCUCCAUCGACACUGUGAAGAACCUCUGGGAGCUGGAGCUUGUCAAUGUCCUGAAGGUUCACCUGCUGGGCCACCGUAAACGCAUCAUUGCCUCGCUUGCGGAAAGGCCCUACGAGGAGCCACCCCAGAAGCCCCCGAGGUUUUCCCAGCUAAGAUGCCAGGACUUAAUCUCCCAGACGUCAUCGCCGCUGAGCCAGAAUGACUCCUGCACAGGGCGGUCGGCAGAACUGCUGCUGCCCUCGGCAGACACCAGCAGGAGGCGCCACGACAGCCCAUACGACCCUGGGGCAGUCUCUCGAGCAGAGCGCUUCAGAGUACAGGAGGAGCCCAGUGAGACCAAGCUGACCCUCCGUCCACCCAGCCUGGCUGCCCCCUAUGCUCCGGUGCAGAGCUGGCAGCACCAGCCAGAAAAACUCAUCUUUGAAUCCUGUGGUUAUGAAGCUAAUUAUCUGGGCUCCAUGCUGAUCAAAGAUCUGCGAGGGACAGAAUCCACACAAGAUGCCUGUGCCAAAAUGCGGAAAUCUACAGAGCACAUGAAGAAAGUCCCGACCAUCAUCCUGUCCAUCACGUACAAAGGGGUCAAGUUCAUCGACGCUUCCAACAAGAAUGUCAUUGCUGAGCAUGAGAUCCGGAACAUUUCUUGCGCUGCGCAGGACCCGGAGGACCUUUGUACCUUUGCCUACAUCACCAAGGACCUGCAGACGAGCCACCACUACUGCCACGUUUUCAGCACAGUGGAUGUGAACCUCACCUACGAGAUCAUCCUGACCCUGGGGCAGGCAUUUGAGGUGGCCUAUCAGCUGGCCCUUCAGGCCCAGAAAUCCAGGACCACGGGGGCCUCUGCAGCCGCAACGAUUGAAACAAAAUCUUCCAGACCGGUGCCCAAGCCUCGGGUCGGCGUGAGGAAGUCUGCAGUGCCGAUGCCCCCCGAUACUCGCUGCUGUCACUGUCACACCUGCACCACCCAUCGUCCUUCCUACCUACCGCUGCCGUCCCUUAGUCCUGGAGUCAAGCUGGAACCACCUGACUUGGACCAGGAGGCCCCAUCCCACGCUAGUGUUUCCUGGAUUGUGGACCCAAAGCCAGACUCUAAGCGGAGCCUCAGCACCAAGUAUGAGACCACUAUCUUCUAA